AUGGAAGCAUUGAAUUUACCAGCGAUUGCCGUUAUUCUAGCGCUACUUCCAGUCUUUUACGAGCUCAUACCUGCCCCUCAUUGGAGUUACCAUAUAGCGCCAUUCUGGCUCUGGUGGGCUAAACUUACUCACAGAGAGAACAGGCUUGUAUACCAGAACCACAUGGCCAAAGGAAAGGCUUUGCGACUUUCGCCAGGCCUAGCCAGUAUAUCUCGGGGAUUUCCCAAGACAGAGUUUUACUUUAGGGGAUUUACCAACGACAACACGGAGAACAUUUUCACUUUUGAAGAUAAUGCUGAGCACUCCGCUCGAAAAAGAGUGAUCUCCGGGAUAUUCUCCAAGUUUUUCAUCCUAGCAGAUGCUACUAGCCGGUGCUCCAUGAAGAAGAUCUUAUUCGGACGCUUGCUCAGCAGGAAUCUGACAGAAAACCAGAAAGAGCGACGACUUUAUCUGGACGGAUUCUUCGCCGCUGCUCCAUAUACGUUCUGGCAAUACGAAAUUGGGCUCAUCCCGAAGAAGGUCGAUAGUGGGUUUCAUGACAUCGAGCAAUGGAACCUUGAGAAGUGCGAUAAAGCUCAGCAACUUACUGCGCAGGGCGAAGAUAGCUUGUCCGAUGACGACAAGCCGGUGGUCAUGGCCUUGGUGCUCAAAGCUAUCAGCGGUCCUUACGCCAAACCAGGCCAAUACCCUCAAUGGCUAAAGAUUGCCAGUGAUAUGUUCGCUCACAACUCAGUUGCGCACGAGACGAGUGGAAACACCCUGGCCUUCUGCUUAGCUGUUGGCUCUCCGCUGUCUUUUGCUCCACGAGCGGGAGAGGAAUGGAAACUUCCCACAGCUAAGAGCAUCGAUCAACUGCCGCUCCUUGAAGCCGUCAUCUUGAAAUCUGUGCGCCUCUAUCCCUCCGCCGCUGGAGGCCAGCCCCGCCGCGUUCCAAAGUCUUGCUCACCUGGCGGAUGCGACGGCAUCCUAGCUGGCACCAUAGUGCAGUGCUACGCGUACUCACUCCAUCGUACGCCAGACAUCUUUCCAGAGCCGCACAAGUGGGAGCCAGAGCGAUGGAUCGAGUCCGGUGGUCGGAUGUGUAUUGGAAUCAAUUUUGCAUACUUUUCUAUGAAGAAUGUAAUAGGAAGCAUUUACACCAACUUCACUACCACUCUGCAUGAUCAUGGAAGUAUGGAGCUGGAGGAUGCGUACCUUGCAGGUCCUGAAGGGCACCGGUUGGGACUCAAGUUCAAGCUGAUCGAAACAUGA